AGGUGCUGCAAAAACUGAAACUGGAAUAUCCUCGGUUCUUUUGUCUUCCUUUUCCGUUGAGAAAACAGAGAGAGAGAGAGAGAUUGACUAGUCAUUACUUGGCACACUUAAUUCGGCCUUUUCCCUCAUUCAAAUUUCAAAGUUGAAACUUCAAACGGAAACAAAAAGAAGCCAAAAAGCUAAGCAAAGCAGCACUACUGGUGUGGCUGUCAAUCAGGCUGUGGUGCCAAAUGGCCCCCCUAUAACCUUUCCCUCACGGCUUUCAGGCGGUCAUUGCUUCACUUUUUCCAUUCAUACCCUUAUCUCAGAGAGACCAAGAAAGUUUCAAGCUUUAUAAGCUUUGGCCUUUUCUCAUUCUUGUUUCUGAUUCAUAUAGAGAUGGAGAAUGAGAUGGCUGAAGCUAAACAGCCUUCUGGGUAUGUUCAGUACAAUCUUCUGGGUAAUCUUUUUCAGGUCUCUGCCAAGUAUGUCCCUCCUAUCAGCCCAGUUGGCCGCGGCGCGUACGGGAUUGUUUGCUGUGCAACAAACUCUGAGACAAAAGAAGAGGUUGCAAUUAAGAAGAUUGGGAAUGCAUUUGACAAUAGGAUCGAUGCCAAGAGAACGCUCCGAGAGAUAAAGCUCCUUAGCCAUAUGGAUCAUGACAAUAUUGUCAAAAUUAAGGACAUCAUAAGGCCACCAGAUAAGGAGAAUUUCAAUGACGUUUACAUUGUAUAUGAAUUGAUGGACACUGACCUAAAUCAGAUAAUAAACUCCAGCCAGCCUUUGACAGAUGAUCACUGUCAGUACUUUCUGUAUCAAUUGCUGCGGGGAUUGAAGUACAUACACUCUGCGCAUGUUUUGCACCGUGAUCUGAAACCAAGCAAUCUGCUUCUCAAUGCAAAUUGUGACCUUAAGAUUUGUGACUUUGGGCUUGCAAGAACUACAUCUGAGACAGAUUUCAUGACAGAAUAUGUUGUCACUCGUUGGUAUCGAGCCCCAGAAUUACUACUCAACUGUUCCGAAUACACUGCGGCUAUUGAUAUUUGGUCAGUAGGAUGUAUUUUCAUGGAGAUUCUGAUGAGGGAACCACUGUUCCCUGGUAAAGACUAUGUACAGCAGUUGGGUCUCAUAACUGAGCUACUAGGUUCACCGGAAGAUUCAAAUCUUGGCUUUCUAAGAAGUGAAAAUGCUAAGAAGUAUGUUAAGCAGCUCCCACAUGUCCCAAAGAAACCCUUUGCUCAGAAGUUCCCAAAUGUCUCACCAGUGGCAAUUGAUCUUGCGGAAAAAAUGCUAGUUUUUGAUCCAAGCAAACGUAUAACUGUUGAGGAAGCAUUGAAUCAUCCAUAUUUAUCAAGUCUUCAUGCGAUCAACGAGGAGCCCAUUUGCCCGUCUCCUUUCGUCUUUGAUUUUGAGCAGGCAUCCCUGGAUGAAGAAGACAUAAAGGAGCUCGUAUGGAGGGAGUCUCUGCACUUCAACCCAGAUAAUAUGCAGGAAUAGUUUUUGUUGAUCUGUAGUUGUUUUCUGUUGUUUCUUUGAUCAUUAUCACCAGCAUCAUGUUUGUGUAAUGCCUUUAGUAAAUGUAUCAUAAAUGAGGAGAUUCUGAUUACGCAGAUCGGGAAUGAAUAGGGAGAUCGGUUCUCCCUCAUGUUGAGAAGAUGAAAGGGCAGUUCAACAAGAAGAUUGGUAUUCUGCAACUUCUGGCUUCAUUCAUUUCAGUCGGAUAAUGAGAAUGUUAACAGUUGAGGGUUGGUGUUGUGCAUAUUGGAGAAGGCUUUGUUCUCAUUUGCUUUUAAAAGAAAAAGAAAAAAAAUAUAUAUAUAUAUAUAGUUUUCUUUUAUGUGUAUUGUAUAAUAUUGUAAGAUUCAUGUAUUAUCAAAAUCAAAUAAAAACAGAUGCCAUCCUUCAAUUUCAA